UCUCUCACUCUGAAACGAUUCCUCCUCGCACAUCUCAUGACCUCCACACCAAAGAGUACACUCAAAAGAAGCACGACACCUGCAAGUUAUCGACAUUGCCACAAGCAAGCGCAGGUUUCUUUCUUCCGUCGACCACGGCGAAGGAUAUCGCGGCCCAAACUUAGUCUGCUGGGGAUCUCGGUGGUGGGGCCGAAAGGUAACCCGGCAGCGACACCGAUUCUCUGGGCCCCUCGGUAGCUGAAACAGCUCGAUUACGCCUCUCAAAUUAAAGAUUGAAGUGCUCCAAGUUUUAGAGGUUCUCAGUAGCUGCAUAAGCAUGUCAACAAGAGGGAAGAGAUCUCAGACGCUUCAUGCCUUCUCAUUCUUCGUUAUCUUCGUCGUCCCCUACACGCCUUUCUUGCAUGCAAGUUACACUGUUGAGAUGGAGAAGUUGCUCACGCUGAGAGACUCACUUUCCCAAGGAAGAAACUUGUUAUCUAACUGGUUUAACGUGGAAAGUCCCUGCAACUGGUCAGGCAUAACAUGUGUUGGUCCAGCAGUUCAGGCCAUAGAUUUAUCUUACACACCCCUUAACUCAUCAAUUCCGAGCUGCAUUGGUGAGUUCAGACAUCUGAAAGCACUCAACCUCAGUGGCUGUGGAUUCUCUGGUCAAGUUCCAGAUUCGUUUGGUGAUCUACAAACUCUGCAGUCCUUGGAUUUGAGCAGGAAUCAACUCUCUGGAGCUCUGCCUUCUUCACUUGCCAACCUCAAAAUGCUCAAAGAACUUGUCCUUGACUCCAAUUCCUUCUCUGGAGGCUUGAGAAUCAUAGUUGAACAUCUGAAAGGUCUCACGAAGCUUUCGAUCUCGGGAAAUUCUUUCUCAGGGAGCAUUCCACUAGAUAUAGGGAGCUUACAGAAUCUGGAGUAUCUGGACUUGAGCAUUAACUACUUGUCUGGAACAUUACCAAGCAGCUUGGAAAACCUCAGCAGACUCCUGCACUUGGAUGUCAGCCGAAAUAGGCUCUCUGGGUCCAUCUUUCCUGGCAUUGGUUCCCUUGGAGUUCUCUUAACUCUUGACCUUUCUUCAAACAGCUUUAUAGGAUCUCUACCAAGUACCAUUGGCAGAUUGACAAGUCUAGAUUCUCUCUGGUUGGGUCGCAAUGGCUUCACUGGGAGUGUUCCAGUAGAGAUUGGCAAGAUGAAGCAGCUCAAAGUUUUCUCUCUCCACAGUUGCAAGCUCACAGGAACUGUUCCGAGGGAGAUCUCUGAUCUCAGGAACUUAAUAGAUUUAGACAUUUCAGAGAACAAUUUUGAAGGGGAACUACCUCGAUCUAUAGGAAAUUUGGUGAACUUAAUGUAUCUGGUUGCAGCUGAUGCUGGGUUGAGUGGGCAUUUACCAGAACAACUAGGCAGCUGCAAGAAUCUAAAGAUCCUAGACUUGUCUUUCAAUUCCUUCUCUGGUCCUCUUCCUGCAAGUCUUGCAGGACUCGAAUCUAUCACUACAUUUAUCGUAGAAGGAAAUCACCUGGAAGGUCCCAUUCCCCCCUGGAUUUCGAACUGGAAGAUGGUAAACUCCAUUAGGUUGGGCAAGAACCAAUUCAGUGGAUCUUUGCCUCCACUUGAUCUGCCAUUUCUGACCUCAUUCUCUGCUGAUGCCAAUCAACUCUCUGGAGAAAUUCCCUCAAAGAUAUGUGAUUGCAGGUCCUUGUCUUCUCUCUCUUUAUCGGAGAAUAAACUAACUGGCAGCAUCGAAGAAACCUUCAGAGGAUGCUCUAAUCUUACUGAUUUGAUCCUACUUGGGAACAACUUACAUGGUGAAAUACCAGACUACUUGGGUGAGCUUCCACUGGUUACAUUGGAACUGUCACAGAAUAAUUUCUCUGGACAUGUUCCGGAUCAACUGUGGAGAUCUCCAACGAUUCUAGAGAUAUCUUUGAGCAGCAAUCUACUUGCAGGCUGCAUUCGGAUCGCCGUCGGCAACAUUUCUAAUUUGGAGAGACUACAACUAGACUAUAAUUUUUUUGAAGGAUCCAUACCGAAGUCCAUUGGCAAGUUGAGAAAUCUGACAAACUUGUCUCUGCAUGGAAAUAGACUAUCUGGGGAGAUACCACCCGAGCUCUUCAAGUGCACAAACCUUGUGGCGUUGGAUUUGGGUUCAAACAAUCUGACUGGUUCUAUUCCAGAAGCCAUAUCUCGGUUGAAUCUGCUGGACGAUUUAGUUCUGUCGAACAACCAACUCUCUGGUCAUAUUCCAGGUGAGAUCUGUGCUGGAUUUCAGCGGGCUGCUUACCCAGAUUCGGAGUUCACGCAGCACUAUGGUGUGCUCGAUCUUUCCUACAACAAUCUAACAGGUCAGAUCCCUGCGGCCAUCAAGAACUGCGCAGUGUUGAAGGAGCUAAGGCUGCAAGGCAACAUGCUCAGUGGCAGCAUCCCUCCUGAGCUUGCAGAGCUGACGAACCUGACCUUGCUUGAUUUCUCCUUCAAUUCCCUCAGCGGCCCGAUUCUGGUUCAGGUUUCCCCAUUGCAGAGCCUACAAGGUCUUCUCCUGUCAAACAAUCAGCUCGGUGGUCUCAUUCCAAGCGAGUUGAGCUUGAUGCUCCCCAGCUUAGUGAAGCUCAAUUUGUCGUCCAACAGGCUGACUGGUCCUAUUCCGGAGACCGUCUUUGACAUCAAGACACUUACAGAUGUUGAUAUCAGCUCGAAUUCACUUUCUGGUUCAAUCCCGUUCGGUGGCAGCAUUGCCAGGGGGAUCAGCUCCCUGCUUAUCUUCAAUGCCAGCAACAACUACUUGAAUGGCACCAUGUCGGAGUCGGCGUCGAAUCUUACCUCCCUGGCUAUUCUUGAUCUCCACAACAACAGUAUCACUGGAAGUUUGCCGUCAUCGCUCUCCAAACUUGACUAUCUGACUUAUCUGGACCUCUCCAACAAUGGGUUUCUCGGCGACAUCCCCUGUGACGUCUGCAGUAUCGUCGGGCUUUCCUUCGCCAACUUCUCCGGCAACAAGCUGUACAGGUAUGCGCCUGAGGAAUGCGCUUCAGCAAAUCGAUGUGUAGCACAGUUGGUACCUUAUCCACCACCAACUCGAUCACCAACUGGGGGCUUGAUUUGGGGCGUCGGGCUUGGUGCUGCAGUAGGAUUGCUAGCUCUGGUGUUCCUUCUGCUCAAGUGGAAAGCAAUGAGGCAGCAGUCCCUGGAUCUUGUCUCCACUGACAAGGCCAACUUGGCAGCCGUCGAGCCGGCCUCCAGUGACGAGCUGCUGGGGAAGAAGAUGAAGGAGCCAUUGAGCAUCAACGUAGCCACAUUUCAACAUGCCCUGCUGCGGCUGACUCCGAGCGAGAUCAUGAAAGCUACCGAGAACUUCAGCAAAGCUCGAAUUAUAGGCGAUGGCGGUUUCGGCACCGUCUACAGAGCAGUUCUGCCGGAGGAAUGCGUGGUGGCAAUCAAGAGGCUUCACGGUGGCGGCCAGUUCCAGGGCGACCGCGAGUUCUUGGCAGAGAUGGAAACAAUCGGGAAAGUGAAGCACCGAAACCUCGUUCCACUGCUCGGAUACUGCGUCUCCGGCGACGAGCGGUUCCUGAUAUACGAGUACAUGGAGAACGGGAGCCUCGAGGUCUGGCUGCGGAACCGAGCUGAUGCUGUCGACGCCCUCAGUUGGCCCGUAAGACUCAAGAUUUGCCUGGGAUCCGCUCGUGGCCUUGCCUUCCUUCACCAUGGCUUCGUGCCUCACAUCAUUCACCGCGACAUGAAAUCCAGCAACAUCCUACUCGACAAAGACUUCGAGCCGAGAGUCUCAGACUUCGGCCUCGCACGUAUAAUUAGCGCCUGCGAGACGCAUGUCAGCACUGACCUCGCGGGGACGUUCGGAUACAUCCCGCCGGAGUACGGGCUUACGAUGAGAGCCACCGCGAAGGGGGACGUCUACAGCUUCGGGGUGGUUACGCUGGAGUUGCUGACGGGAUGGCCUCCGACGGGACAAGAGGAGGUGGAAGGCGGCGGAAACCUGGUUGGGUGGGUGAGGUGGAUGGUGGGGCGUGGGAAGGAGGCUGAGGUGUUCGACCCAUGCUUGCCCCACGCCGGUGGCGGCCCGUCCAGGGAGCAGAUGAUGCGGGUGCUCGCGGUCGCACGCGCAUGCACCGCCGACGAGCCGUGGAAGAGGCCCACCAUGCUCGAGGUGGUAAAGAUGCUCAACGAGAUUAAGAUGGAAGCGUGUGGUGAUCUCGUUACCCGCCAUGUCUGAUAGAUGCUUGCUGGUAUGACCUCAGUAAAAUGCAGUAGAACAGAGACUCCUCGUCAACAUGCAUUAUGUCGGACGUUACGUACAUGUACUAUGGUAAUUGGAUGUAACAUGUCGGUAUU